GAUUGUAGAGAACGAUAAUAGUGAGAGGUGGUGAGUCAACAUUUGCUUGUGUUUGGCUCGUUUAUAAACUGAACUGAGCCAAAAAUCAAAAUGGUAUCUUCCGAACAUUUUUUGAGCGAGUGACGAGCGGUUUGAAAUACAACCUUGGAUUUUAAUAUAUAAAAUACAUUACAUAAAAUCUCUCUCAGCCUCAGCCAACUCCUGUAAGCAGAUGAAUUUCAAUGGAUAACAGCACCGAUUCAUGAUCUCUACACAUCUGCAUCACAUAUAUGCAUUGACGAAGUGGGUCUACACCGAUUACUCCAUCUUACUUAAUUUGGAUGCUAAAUUUCACACGUAUUCCGAAAAUAGAAGUCGGUUGUUAGAUGUUCUACUAAGAUUAUCAUUGCUGGUUGUUAGAUGUUCUAUUAAUAUUAUCCAAUCUUAUCAUUUACACUUUAUUGUUAAAGUUCCACAAUCAUCCAUCCUUAAAAAAACAGUCGGUUUUCUACUUUUGUUUCCUUUCACGAGGCUUGAUAAUUACAGUUCCGAUUAAUCCUCUUCUAUAAGUUAAUAUUUCAUCAUGUUCCACUUGAUAUUGAAGUUGAAAAAUUACUGAAACUUUAUUUUUUUAGGAGAAAUGAAGUGUUUAAUGUUUAUGGAGAUGCUGCUUAUUAUUAUUAUGCUAAUAGUUUUGUUGUAUGAUCAUCAUCAUGUUAUGGGUAAAGAGUGUACCAACAUUCCCACACAGCUUUCGUCGCAUACUUUCCGAUACAAGUUAUUGAAUUCAAACAACCAGACUUGGAAACAAGAAAUGUAUUAUGAUUCUUCUGACCAUUCGCAUCGCCAUCUGACUCCAACCGAUGAGUCUGCGUGGGCCGGUUUACUUCCGAAGAGGAGUUUGAAACAAGAUGAAUUCAGUUGGAGGAUGAUGUAUAGGAAGGCUAAGAAUCCGGGUGCUGGUGUGUCUAGGGAGUUUUUGAAUGAAUUGCCUUUGAGUGAUGUGAGGUUGGAUUUGGAUUCGAUUUAUGGUCAAGCUCAACGAACGAAUUUGGAGUAUCUUUUGAUGUUGGAUGUUGAUAGAUUGGUUUACAGCUUUAGAGUCACAUCUGGUUUGCCAACUGUUGGAAAAGCGUAUGGAGGCUGGGAGUCCCCGCAUCAGGAGCUUCGUGGUCAUUUCGUCGGGCAUUACUUAAGUGCUUCGGCUCAAAUGUGGGCUAGCACCGGUAAUACUACUCAAAAAAAGAAGAUGACAGCAGUGGUGUCGUCGCUUGCUGCGUGUCAAGAUAAGAUAGGCACAGGGUAUCUUUCUGCUUUCCCGUCUGAAUUUUUUGAUCGUUUCGAAGCUAUCAAACGAGUUUGGGCUCCUUAUUACACUAUCCACAAGAUAAUGGCUGGUCUAGUGGAUCAGUAUGUUUUGGCUGGGAAUAGUCAAGCUCUAAAGAUGGUGACAAAGAUGGCCGACUAUUUCUGCAGACGUGUACAAAACGUGAUUACUCGUUACACUAUUGAAAGGCAUUGGUUAUCACUUAAUGAAGAAAUUGGUGGAAUGAAUGAUGUGCUUUACAGGCUAUACACAAUCACCGGAGACAUGAAGCAUCUGUGGUUGGCUCACCUUUUUGAUAAACCCUGCUUCCUUGGCCUGCUAGCUAUGAAGGCCGAUGACAUAUCUGGUUAUCAUGCCAAUACACAUAUUCCAAUCGUUAUUGGAGCUCAAAGGCGGUAUGAAGUUACUGGUGAUCCUUUGUAUAAGGAAAUCGGGAUAUAUUUCAUGGAUAUCGUCAAUUCUUCCCAUAUGUAUUCUACAGGAGGCACAUCAGUCCGCGAGUUCUGGUCGGAACCGAAGAGACUUGCAACCACCUUACACACAGAGAACGAAGAAUCGUGUACUACCUACAACAUGCUAAAGGUCUCGCGUAACCUGUUCAGAUGGACUAAAGAAAUGGCGUACGCAGAUUAUUAUGAACGAGCAUUAACUAAUAGUGUCCUAAGCAUUCAAAGAGGGAAGGAACCUGGAGUUAUGAUAUAUAUGCUGCCGUUAGCCCCCGGAUCAUCAAAAGCUAAAGGGUUUCAUAAAUGGGGUUCAAAGUUUAAUGAUUUCUGGUGCUGUUACGGAACAGGGAUUGAAUCGUUUUCGAAACUGGGAGAUUCAAUCUACUUUGAAGAAGCAAGAAACGUAGAAGCAAGAAACGUAGAAGCAGGAAACGGUCACGGGCUUUACAUCAUUCAGUACAUAUCAAGCUCAGCUGACUGGAAAUCUGGGCAGGUUUUUCUUGCUCAGAAAGUCGAACCUGCGGUGUCUUGGGAUCCACACCUUCGAGUGACGGUGAUGAUCACUUCAAAGAAGCAAGGAGCUUCAUCUACCUUGAAGUUUAGAAUACCGUUUUGGACAACCUCAAAUGCAAAAGCGUUACUUAACGGCCAAGCUAUCCCUCUAACAGCUCCAGGUACUUUCCUAUCAGUCACAAAACAAUGGAGUUCAAAUGACAUAAUUAACCUUGAUCUGCCCAUAACUCUUAGGAUGGAGGCUAUCCAAGAUGAUCGGCCCGAAUAUGCUUCACUCCAUGCAAUCUUAUACGGCCCGUAUCUUCUGGUUGGACUAACCGUUGACGACUUUGACUUGCAACCCGACUCAUCUUCACUUUCAGACUGGAUAGUUCCGGUUCCUCAACAGUUCAAUUCACAGUUAAUUUCUCUAUCUCAGAAAACCGGUCACUCAACUUUAGCCCUCUCACACAUUAACAACACGAUAACAAUGCAGAAAUUCCCCAAGCCCGGUUCAAACUCUUCUGUAUUCGCAACCUUUAGACUCGUAUUCACGGAACAACAAGACAUGUUUUCACAAGCUGUCAUGUUGGAACCAUACAGUCUUCCUGGUUCUUUUCUCGUACACCAAGGAAGAGGCAACAGUCUUGCGGUUGACAGUUAUUCUGUUACGUAUAAUUCAGUUUUCUAUAUGGUUAAUGGUGAUGAUGGAACAGUUCAACUGGAAGCUCAAAGUGAGGAAGGUUGCUUUGUUUGGAAUGCUGGUGGAGUGGUGAAGCUGGAGUGCGAUUAUGGUGGAUCGGAAGAUGAGUUUUUGAAAGCGACGAGUUUUGUCGUUCGGGAUGGGAUCAGCCAGUAUGAUCCUGUUAGUUUUGUGGCUAAAGGGUUGAGGAGGAAUUUUCUUUUGCAACCAUUGUUUAGUUUGAGAGAUGAACAUUACACAGUCUAUUUCAACAUUAAUCAAUAGGAAUGAUGAAUGAAAUGAAUAAAAAUUUACUGGGUUUCAGAGAAAAUUGAUUUUAUAAAUAGAAUGUUAAGUUAU